GGAGAACGGGAGAGGGCGAGUGAGGGAAAAGACAGGGAGGGAAGAUCUCAGGGGCAACAGAUCUGGUCUGCUCGGCUGAGAGACCGAACACAUCGGGAUAGAUUUCUGCACGAUGUGAACGUACGCAAGGAGCUGCAUAACACAUACAAAGCCAGGAUGUCAGGGAUGGACGUCCCGCUGGUGGACCAAAAUGAGACAGGAAUCCCUCCCAUGGACAAUGGCACCUUCCUCCGUUUCUCCCCUACCUCUUCAUCCCCGUCUGCGGCCGCCUCCUUACCAGGACGUCAGGGCAAUGUGUACGUCUAUGUGUGGCUCUUCUUCGGCCUGCUGGUAUUCCUGCUGACGCUGCUCAUCAUCUCCCUCCACAGGCUGAAGAACAUCAUCUCCUCCUCGUCCUCUGUCCCAGACUGCAGCAGUGAGGGGGGGAGCUCCUUCACAAACAUGGAGAUCUGUAGCAUCUCUUCUCAGAGGUCCACCAUCUCUUCAUUGUCCACUUGAAAGGAAUGGAAGGAUCGCAAACAAACACACGGGCAUGUAUAUGUCGAGGUGAACUUUUGUAUGCAUGCAUGCAAACAACAGGAAGCGCACACCCAGAACUUCCUCACUGUGACAAAGAGACACAUAAAGAGACACAAGGACAGUGUGACUUUACACGUCUUGCAUGCAAAUUAUAAUCCUGAUGGGAUGGCAGCAAGCACCGUGUUUUUGCAAAUUCACAUGGGAAAUAUAAAGUAGCUCACUAUGUGAUGUACAGGUCUUAAGGGAUAAGAGGGACUUUAGAGCCUUAUUUAGAGGGCUAAGACAAAGGAGCAAGCAAGACUGCUUUCCUUCUGCAGAAAAAUUGUUGUCCGUCCUCUUUCUUUUUGUAAAAUGCAUUUCUUUAACCGUACUUGACAUAUUUACUGUAGAGCAAAUAACAAAGUGAUGCUUUGCACAGCAUGUCUAAUAAUGUCUGUAGGCUACAUUGCAAAAACAGUAUUACAAUAAAGAACACUCCUUUGUACAGAAA